UGUGUGUUUUCUUCCAGAUAAACUGAUGCCUAGUUUGAUGAUGAAACUGUAUUUUAACGCACGUUUUAGGAGUUGGUGUUUUAAUAAACAAAUCAAUUUAUUACAUGAAAUAAUAUAUUCAAAUUUCAAAUGUUAUAAAAUGUAAAAUGAAAGAAAGAAAACAGUCGAUCAAUCAAGAAGCUGACAGACUGAGGUCUCAUGGACCAUCUGUUGCUGCUGAGUGGAUGAAGAUGUAGGUUGUGGUUUAUGAGUGGAGGGUGGUACACACAAAUACAGUAUAUAUAGACAAGAACAGGUCAGAGGAAUGCAUCGAGACAAGAGCGAAUCUCAGGCGCAACUUUAAAUCAUACAUAGGAAAGCAUUGACUUCAAGGCAUCAUCACUCAGAAUGAAGCGAGUACGGUCAAGUCUGAAGUCCGAGUCACAUCCUGGGCACGAGGGUCGAGCGAAGAGGCAGAGGUGUGCACUGAGCCCACCUGAGGACUGGGGGAACCUCCCUCACCACAUCGUCCUGCAAAUCUUCCAGCACCUUUCACUCAUCGACCGGGCCAGAGCCUCGUCCGUGUGCCGGCGCUGGAACGACAUCUUCCACACGCCUGACCUGUGGAGGAGGUUCGAGUUUGAGCUGAACCGUCCGGCCACCUCCUACCUGCGCUCCACACACCCCGACCUCAUUCAGCAGAUCAUCAAGAAGCACGCCCAGCACCUGCAGUACGUGAGUUUUAAGGUGGACAGCUGCACUGAAUCUGCAGAGGCGGCCUGUGACAUUCUCUCCCAGCUGGUCAACUGCACCAUCAAGACCCUCGGGCUCAUCUCCACAGCCAGACCGAGCUUCAUGGAUGUCUCCCAUGCCCACUUUGUAUCUGCGCUGACGGUGGUGUUUGUCAACUCCAAGUCACUGUCCUCCAUCAAGAUCGACGACACACCGGUGGACGAUCCCUCUCUGAAGGUUCUGGUGGCCAACAACAGUGACACGCUGAAGCUGCUGAAGAUGAGCAGCUGUCCGCACGUGUCCCCGGCAGGGAUUCUGUGUGUUGCAGAUCACUGCCACGGGCUGAGGGAGCUGGCGUUGAACUACCACCUUCUGAGUGACGAGCUCCUUCUGGCUCUCUCCUCUGAGAAACAUGUUCACUUGGAGCACCUGCGCAUCGAUGUUGUGAGUGAGAACCCGGGUCAGACCCACUUCCACACCAUCAAGAGGACCAGCUGGGAGGCUCUGGUCCGACACUCCCCCAAGGUCAACAUCGUGAUGUACUUCUUUCUCUACGAAGAGGAGUUUGAGCCCUUCUUUCGUGAGGAGACCCCCGUCACUCACCUGUACUUUGGCAGAGCGGUCAGUAAAGAGAUGUUGGGACGAAUAGGACUCAACUGCCCUCGGCUGGUGGAGCUGGUGGUCUGUGCCAACGGGCUGCAGCCGCUGGACGAGGAGCUGAUCCGUAUAGCCGAGCGCUGCAAAAGCUUGACGGCCAUUGGCCUGGGUGAGUGCGAAGUGACCUGCACCGGUUUCGUGGAGUUUGUGAAGAGGUGCGAGGGCCGGCUGACGCAGCUGUCCAUCAUGGAGGAGGUGCUGAUCCCAGACAGCAGCUACAACAUGGAGCAGAUCCACAAUGAGGUGUCAAAGCACCUGGGCCGCAUGUGGUUCCCCGACAUGAUGCCCACAUGGUAGUGGAGCUAGCACAGAACACACCUCUGUACACAGCUACCUUCAAACAUGCUGUUUUGAUGUAUAUUGAAAAAUAAGAUGAUGUGCUUUUGUCAGAACCUUUUAUGAUUCACAACGUUCUGUGAUCGAAACAUUUGUGUCCUUGUUUAUUUAUUGAUGAAUUGUUUGUAAGGACUAUUAAACUCAAUGUCUGAGGAA